AUGAGUAAAAGAUCAAGGAGUCCAACGUUGGAAGUGGCAGUGGGGCUGAAAUUGUCACCACCAAGGGCGGCAACCUCGUCGCUAUCAUCGGAAUCUUUAUCGACAGAAUGUGUUCAUUCGUCGGAGGGAUCAUGUGUGUCGGGUGAUGCUGCUGAAGAGACAAAAACCAUGCUUCUUGUUGGUUGCACUCGAUGCCUCAUGUAUGUUAUGGUACCAGAAGUUGAUCCCAAAUGUCCCAAGUGCAAGAGUACUGUGUUGCUUGAUUUUCUUAACAGUGAGGAAAUUACAAGUAAGAAGAAGACAAGCAGCUAG